AACGUAAACAGUCAUGGCGGACUCAGAAGACCAACGUCCCUUGUUCUUUGCGAUCAGCAACAUUCCUGAAACUUUCCGCUCUGCAGACCUGAGAAAUUACUUCAGCCAGUUCAUAGAGAGCGGCGGGUUCGAGUGUUUCCACUACCGACACCGGCCGGAGGUCCUCAGGGCGUGUGAGGGGCCCGGAGGGGCCGGCAGUCCCGCGUCCUCCCCGGACCCGGACGGGUCCUCGAAGAACAAGGAGGUGAAAUCCUGCUGCUGUGUCGUGUCCGUCCGAGCCCGGGACGCGGACAGGUUCUUCAAGAUGUAUGCGGGGAACCACUGGAUCGACUCUGGGGGAGCCUGGCUGUCCAGGCGCUGCGUUAUCAGACGAGUGAAGGUUUCUGAAGACAAAGAUGAAGAGUCCUUUCCCUACAAAACAAAAUAUGAACAGCGGCAACAUGUUUCCCUAACGGAGCAUUUCACAGAGGCUGAUCUCAGAAGCUUACCUGAACUAAAUCCACCUGCUUUGAUGCAAAAUGGGAAUGUGGGUACAUCAGUGAAAAUUUUCCUCCAGCUUAUCCAAUCCUGCCGCCUGCCUCCGCGGCUCAUACGAAAGUUGGGCCUCACCUUCCCAAAAACCAGUUCCAGUCGCCGCUACGGAAAUGUACCCUUCCAGUAUCGCGGUACCCGCAUCCUUCCAGCGACAGAAGACACUGUAUUAACAGCAACUGGACAUGAAAUAUCAGGACCAGGCUCUUGGGCUGCUCCAUCCACAAGAUCAAGACCGCUGUUUGGUCGCAUCCCAGAAAACAUGGAAGCUAAUGAGAAACACGAAGAAGUGGAAGAGGAGGAUGUACAGUCAAAUGCAGAUGAUGAUGAUGACUGCUGUGAGGAGUGGGAGCGUCAUGAAGCUUUGCACGAUGAUGUAACAAGCCAGGAGCGCAGCAAAGAAAGGCUGUAUGAAGAAGAGAUUGAGUUAAAGUGGGAAAAGGGGGGUUCGGGCCUGGUUUUCUACACAGAUGCUCAAUAUUGGCACGAAGAAGAAGGAGAUUUUGAUGAGCAAACGGCAGAUGACUGGGAUGUUGACAUGAGUGUUUAUUAUGAUAAAGAUGGAGGUGAUAUGGAUGCUCGGGACUAUGUCAGAAUGCGGUACGAAAAGAGGCUGAGAGAGGGUCAAGAGGAUGGAUCAGGCCACAAUCAAACUAUUGGGAACUUUGAGAAGUUCACUAAAGGUUUUGGUCGACGCGUAAUGGAGAAGCAGGGCUGGAAGGAUGGUGAAGGACUGGGAAACAGCCAGGUUGGAAUUCCUGACGCUCUAGAAAAUGAAGGCCAACAUCCCAACUGUAAAAGAGGCUUUGGGUAUCAUGGAGAAAAACUGCUAUUGCAUCCUUGGAAAAAGACCAGAAAAGAGAAUCUUAUAACUACAAUAUAUGAUGAACCCAAUGAUAUAGAUGGAGGCGACCCGUUACUGAGACGCCAACCAAACACCAGCAUGAAAUACAGAGGAUGGCAACCAGGGGGCAGCAUUGGCCCACGAAGAUGACCAUAGUUCAAAUUCAGAUGUAAAAUAACUACUGUGUAAUAUUUUGUCUAUUUUUUUAUUAA